AUGAAGCUCCCUCGCAUGACUCCAGCCUUACUGGCUGGCUUAGUUCUGCUGGGUCCGGGGGUAGUCGCAGACAGUGUCGAUGCUCAGUCGGCCUUGUCUGCCUUUCUCAGUGCCAACCCAAUCAGUACACGGUCAGCUUCCGAGCCAAAGGCCACGGUCGACUUGGAGACCCUGAAAGCUGCCGUGGUGGCGGGAAAUUACACUCCGUCGCGGUCAUGGGAGUUCCUUCGCGCUGCUUGUCCAGGAAGUUGUACUGAGCUGGGACUCGAUCCGUCGGCCUGGCCGGUCUACCCCGGCGUCCACCGGCUCUCUCUGUGUGAUGAGACAAUGUUACUGCAAUUUGCUCUAUACACCACGGUCAAUCAGUCUCAGAGUCGAGUCGGUCUUCGUGGCUGCACGGCGGAUCUGGUUGCUGAUACCGUCGCCCAAACUGGAAGUACUUCCUGUCAGAUGCCUACCAACAUGACCUCCGUGGUCUCCUCUCUCCAAAUGUCCCGCGAUACGGCCUCGUCAGCAGCAUCCCCUGAUACCGACGCGAUCGCCGCGUUGACCCAGCUGCUGGCCUACGAGACACUCAAUCCGUCGGCUGCGUGCAAUGAGACCAUCAAUUUUGCCCUCGCAGGACAAACCGCGGUCGGUUUGUAUAUGGGCAGCAGCUUGCACAGCCAAAACCUUCUUGCUCCCAUUCUCGAGUCGCUCAUUGAAGAGAUUCAAGACAAGGGGGUUUCCGAAACUUUAAUAGUGCAGCUCUGCAGCAGUCAGCACAGUGCCCGGUACGCGUUCGGCGUUAUCAUCAGUGCCAGCGGAGACUUGUCGGCUGCUCAAACCGCGGUGCAGACGUGGCGCAACAGUAGCUGCAGUACCUCUCUGGAUGAUAGCACUGUCUGGCAGAAUCUUACCUAUUCGAUCCCCACCGUGUCACACGCCCGAACCAACACCACCAGCCUGUGGGCUCGUCAGCGCACGACUUGUACGGCAGUGCAGGUGGUUUCCGGGGAUACGUGUGCGACACUGGCGACCGAGUGUGGCAUUACAGCGACUGAGCUCAGUACCUACAACCCCAGUUCCACCCUAUGCUCGAACCUGACCGUGGGCGAGUAUAUCUGUUGCACGGAGGGAUCCGCUCCAGAUUAUGCCCCCUCGCCUGAUGCAGAUGGUUAUUGCUACUCAUACCUGAUUCAGACCGGCGACUCUUGCGACGUCCUCGCCGCCACAUAUACUCUGACCACGGACGAGAUUGAGAGCUACAAUAACGAGACAUGGGGUUGGUUGGGCUGCGGUGAUCUUCUCGUCGGUGAAUACAUGUGUCUGAGCUCGGGUUAUCCCCCGAUGCCUGCGGUGAUCGCCAACGCCGUCUGCGGGCCGCAAGUAAAUGGCACAGUGAGUGUUCCAUAUGGAACAAAUCUAAGUACCCUGAACGAGUGCCCGCUGAACGCCUGUUGCGAUAUCUGGGGGCAAUGUGGUAUUACGGCAGAGUUCUGUACCCCCACCGAGUCAACCACGGGCAACCCGGGCACGGCCGCGAACAACACGAAUGGUUGUAUCUCGAACUGUGGAACCGAGAUUGUACAGAGUGACGCUCCCAGCGAAGUCUUUAAGAUCGGAUAUUUCGAGGGCUACGAUGUGGAGCGCGCCUGUAUGCGUACCAUGAUUGCGGAUAUCGAUACGAGUCUAUACACCCAUAUCCACAUGUCCUUCGCCACUUUGAAUGCAGACCUGUCCUAUAACAUCUCCAGCCUGGAAGAUCAAUGGAAUGACUUUGUCGAGUUGGAUGGAGUCAAGCGCAUCAUCACUGUGGGUGGAUGGGAUUUCUCGACCGACGCGGACACGUACGAUAUCUUUCGGUCCGCAGUCUCCGAUAGCACUAACCGGGCUACCCUGAUUACGAAUACCAUUGAUCUACUCACCACCUACGAUCUGGAUGGUGUGGAUUGGGACUGGGAGUAUCCUGCUGAGCCGGAUAUUCCAGAUAUUCCUGCCGACAGUACGGAUGACGGGACCAAUUUCUUUCUCUUUCUUCUGGAGCUGCAGAUGCAGAUGGCGAUUGAUGCCCCGGAUAAGACCAUCUCGACAACUGCGCCUUCCUCGUUUUGGUACUUGAAGGGCAUUCCCAUUAUGGCCAUCAGUGAGGUGGUGGAUUAUAUUGUUCUGAUGGCCUACGAUCUGCACGGGCAAUGGGACUGGAAUAAUACGUACGCUGAUCCGGGCUGUCCCCAAGGCGGUUGCUUGCGGUCGCACGUGAACUUGACGGAGACUGUCAGUGCCUUAUCGAUGAUCACCAAGGCGGGUGUGCCCUCGAAUAUGGUGGCUGUGGGAGUAGCGAGCUACGCUCGAUCCUUCCAAAUGACUGAGGCUGAUUGCUACGGCCCCGAAUGCACCUUCACCGGUCCAGAUUCGGGAGCGGUUCCAGGUGCUUGCACGGACACUGCUGGGUAUAUCUCCAACGCCGAGCUCGCAGGGAUCGCGGAAGAGGAGGAGGUCUAUACGUACAUUGACGAAGAUUCGAACUCCAACAUCAUGGUUUGGAACGACACCCAGUGGGCGGGCUACAUGGACGAUGAUAUUAAAGCGAGCCGCGCCGAACUCUACGAGGGCUACAACUUCUUGGGAAUUGCUGACUGGGCGAUCGACCUGCUGACCUCCAACGGGACGACUUCGGCGUCGGAGGGAUCGAGCUGCGAAGUGUACAUUGAUCCAUCGAUCUGGGACGAGGACAGCCCAUCUGUGACGGCCGUUCCCGGAUGUUCGUUGAUUUGGCCCCCUCAGCCCCUCAGCAGCACGACAACCAUCACCCUACCCCCCUGGACUACCACCCUGACCUACACCACCGUGGUGACUGAGACCACGUCCGCCUCCAGUGGUGGGGAUGUGACGGCAGUCACCUCUCACGUUAGCUACUGGUUCCCAACCAUCAUCAGCAUUCCCCCGGUGCAGACGAACGCAAUUCCUGUCUGGGGCGUCAACCUCCCCAAUGGCAGCACCACUGGAACGAUCUGGCUGACUUCCUCGGUUGAGCCAUCACCGUUUGCUAUUACUUGGACUCCUACCAUCGGAGGCACCACCGUGGUGUCGGCUGCCACUACCACCGCUACCGAGACCUCCAACGUCGUCGUCUGGGGCGACUACACUUACGUGGAGCCGGCUGUCACCGAGACUCUGGGUGGCUCAACUACGGUGAUCUCGGGAACUAUUCUGCCUCCCGUGACUACGACGGUGACACCGGUCGUGUAUCCCAGCACCACAGAUACCACUCACGAUACCAAGCUCAACAGCAAGACCACCAAAUGGACGAGUGGCAAGCCCCCAAGUCCGACGGCAACAGCGGGCUGUGCGGGAUGCGGUACUGGCUGUGUGCUGUUCUGUGACUCUGCCUGCCCUAUCUGCCCCAUCGGGGUAGACAUCACUGGUGGAGGCAGUGGCGAUGGCGGCGACGACGAUGAC